GAGCCAGGCUUUGGGCGUUGUAUUCAUUGCAGCAGUGAAAUAAUAAAUUAAAUUGGUAUUUAUAAACGCAUACGUUUUGCUCAAAUUCCUAAAGUGUUUAUAUUUGGAAUUGCUAUUGUCGCUGACUGAUCGCAAAUGACAAUACAUCGUUGUGUUAGUGUGCAGCAAGAACAGCAAGUGGCUAAUCCAGUAAAAGACCAGUUGUAAUUACUUGUAAUUAAAAUAUAACAGAAGAUCUUGUGGGACUAUGUCCACAAUCGAAGACGAACGCAAAGCGUAUUUAAGUAAUCCAUAUUUCACUGGACACAUCUACGGCAGCUUUAAGCCGUUUUAUGUGACUAUCUCCAUUUGCACCGUUGUGCUCCUCUCGAUAAUUAUAUUGAAUAUUAUCUUGGGCUGCUGCUCCAAGCAUCGUAAAUACUGGCAGGACAGGCACACUGGUAACCGCUGGCUGGUUUCCAUUUGGUCAUCAACGCCCCACAAGCAAUCACCAUUGGACUUUACUGAGCUCAAGGACGCCUCCUACUUUGAUCGUCUCUAUCCCACCACACACCAGCAAGUGUUCCCCGACGACGUUGUUAUACCCGUGGAAGAGUUGGAGCCCGUACAUCUGUCACAUCAUCAGCAGCGUCCGCCACGCCCUGAGGGUCGUACAUUGCACCAACAACGGCAGCGAGAGGAAUACGUAGAGCUUCAGAAGCGUGAGAGCGACAUCUAAACCAUGGCAUUAUAUUUUCUGUAUC